CCUGUUUCUAUUCUGAGCCGUUCUGAGCUUACUUCUCAAUCCUCACAGAAGAAGCAAGAAACAAACUAGCCAUGAUCAUCAGGGCAACGAGCCAAAUUUUACGUCGAAUUGUCCCUCUCCUAUUUCUAGCGGGGACUGCCUUCUCCCUGUCCCUCCCUCCCUCUCUCUCCUUCCUCUCUUCUCCAUUUUCCAGUCAAACUGAGCUCUGGGCCUAUGCCCUCUCCUCCACCCUCCUGGUCAGUGCUGCCCCGUUCUUCAUACUCUUCUUCAUUCCUAUCAACAGUGCCUCCGAACACUCUGACUUCCUCAAAGUCCUCCUUAGUUUUGCCUCAGGGGGUCUUCUAGGCGACGCUUUUCUGCAUCUCAUACCUCACGCCGUCGGGUCACAUCACCACGGAGACCAUCACCAUGACGAACAUCACCACGACGACCAUCACCAUGAAGACCAUCAUCACGAUGAGCACCAUCAUCAUCACGGCGACCAUCACCACGGGGGGCACGACCAUACGCAGGACAUGAUGGUCGGGUUGUGGGUACUGGCCGGUAUCAUUGCUUUCCUGAUUGUGGAGAAGUUUGUGAGGACGAUUAAAGGAGGGGGACACAAACACGUCCAUUUUAAUAGCGAGGUUGAGGAGAGACGCUAUAGGGAAGGGGCUGGGCGGAGUCAAGUCAUAGAGACUAAAAAUGGUCCACUUUCUGACGAGGGGAACAAGGAAGGACUGAGACAAAGAGGAGGAGGAGGGAUAAUGGCAAAGAAAGAGAAAGAGGAAAAGAAGAGAAAAG